CAUGUUUAUAUUUGAUACCUAUUGGACAACUAGAAUGCACGUAGAAGUAGUGAGAUUUGUGAAGUAAUGUGAAAAUUAUAAAAAGAAGAGAGCAAAGGUCAAAUGUUUCGAAUAUAUUAUUAAUACGAGAAAUAAGUAAAAAGUAUGAGCUUAUCCGUAGAUCGAAGUUCGGAAGAUGAGACAGCUUUGCAUUUUGAAGAUUUUCUAGAGACAGAUAAUAAAAAACAACAAUUUCAGAUUAUAUGGUACACCUAAAAAUUUCAAUCAUUAUAUAUAAAUUUUAUCUCUUUGGACAUAACUAAAUUAUAUAUUUAAUAAUAUAAAAAAAAAAGUGUGAAUUGCACAAUUUCAAUGCUUUUUUCAUACUUAAUAGAAUUUAACAAACAGUCUUACAAGCAUUUGCUGGGAAACCUGUAUCGACUACUCUACUCUACAAUUAAGAACCAAGAUAGGAAAAUGUCUUGUGAAUUGCAUUGAACAUUUCACCAACACAACUUAUUUCAUUGCGAAUACAUAAAAUUGCAUUGUUAUUGGUAAAAGUUCUAAUACUGAUUUGAAAUAAGAUAAAUAUACAAUUUACAAAUGCAAUAAUUACUAAAUACAUUUUAAUUAAGUUUCAUUUUUAAGUGAUCAGAAGAGAACUAUAUUGUAAAGAUUAUAAUUUAUAAAUUUCAAUGACAGUAUGUUUUCAAGAGUGAGAGAAUUUUUUGGUCGUCAUAAACGUAAGUUUAUGUAUGGAGGUAUUAUUGUUGGAAGUUUUAUUUUCUUAUCGCGUUACACUCAAAGAAAAAUUCGAGAAUGGCAAGAGAAAGAGAUCAAACUGAUGUUAGAGAAAACUCGACGACGUCAGUAUUUUGAAAGUACAGAAAGAACGUGUAAUCAGAUGAUCUUUAAUCUUUCAUCUAAUUUAAGAGAAUCAGUGACAAAAGCUUUAGAUACCACUGCUAUAGUGAAUAAACUCAGAAAUGGUUGCAACGACAAAGUAGCAUCGUGGAACGAACUGAAAGUAUUAGCAAUUUCAAGAUCAGCCGCAAUUAUUUAUUCUCAUGUAAUGUUUGUAGUACUUAUCAGAAUUCAAUUUAAUAUAAUAGCUGGCCAUAUGUAUAAAGAAUCCCCAAAAGAAGGAGAUAAUAUCAAAGAGAAUGAGGAUUUGAAAACAAAGUAUAUGUCUUUAUGUCAUCAUUUUAUAUGCGAAGGUACACAAAAAUUAUGUGACGUUAUAAAAGAAAAGGUCAUUGAAAUAACAGCGUCUAUAUCUUUAAUUGAUCAAUUAUCAUUGAGAGAUUUAGAACAAAUAUAUUGGUCUAUUAUGUCAUCGGUAACUGCAGAUAGUAGAAAUCCAACGGAAAAUCUUUCAACAUAUAUGCUACCAUUGCAGUGCGAAGAAGAAAUGAAUGAACCUUUAUCAAAAAUUGUUUAUGCAACUUUAGAUUUGUUGGAAAGUGAAGAAAUACAAGAAUUUAUGCAAAGUAAUAUUCGAAGUGGUUUCGUUUUAUUGAUGGAUCAUAUAUCCGAAUUUUUUAAUACUAAAACAMAUAAUAAUAAUAGUACAAGUAAUGGAGUAUCAAUACCAGGAACUUCGAAUCGUAAAGAUAUGAUUUGGACAAAUUCUGUUACAACAGAGAUUUCAAAACAUUCGGAUAGUAAUUUUGUUAAUAUAAAUAAGAUCACUAUGCCUAUGGCUAAAUUAAUUCCAAUAAUAAAUGAACGAAUUCCAGAUCAACCUAAUUCUAAAGACGUAUCUAGGGUAUGGCUACAACGCCUCAUCUUAAAUGCUGAACUUAAAUUAUUUGGAGCUAACAUUUUUGAAGCUUUUAGUUUUUAAGAUAAAAUUUAUUAUAGAAAAAUAACUACAUUUUUUAUAAUUAUUUAUAU